CACGACAGUGACGUGACUUCCGCCUCCACCGACAUGCUGGUUUUUGUUUCCCAUGCUUGAUGAUCAUUUAGUUCUGCAGCUCUUCCUCCUGACUUUAUUUCAAAUACGAAGUGCCCCUUGGACGACAUUAAGUCCAUUCUGUAUAUUAGAUAAGCCAUGGCUAAGGACAAGCCCAACGGGAUCGGAACCAAGGGGUCGGAUGAAGUGGAGUCUGUAAAGAGAAAAAAGGACCGCAAACUGGAAAAGAAGAGCAAGAAGAUGAAGCUGGAGCAGGAGUCUGAACAGGAGGUUCCUGAAUUAUUGGUAAAGCACAAAAAACCCAAGAAGAACUCCAGGGAGGAGGAGAAGGAGGCACCACAAGAGGUUACAGAGCCCGCCCAGGAGGGGGAGGAGCCGAACCCCGAGGAGCGCCGGGUUCUCGAGAGGAAACUCAAGAAGAUCCGGAGGAAGGAAGAGAAGGCCCAGCUGAAGGCCGAGGGGAAGACGGUGGAGAAGGCGGCCCCGGAGAAGGUGCUGCCGUCACAACAGGCCUUGGACUACCUCACCUGCUGGAAUGAGAACCGCGCCGCAUGGAAGUUCCAGAAGCUCAGGCAGACGUGGUUACUGCAGCACAUCCACGACUCUGAGGAGGUCCCUGACGAGAGCUUCCCGGUGCUGCUGCUGUACAUCGAGGGUCUGCGCGGCGCCGCCCGGGACCUGACGGUGCAGAAGGCGGAGGCCCUGGUCAAGAGCCUCGGGGACGGGCCCUGGGACCCGGAGCAGCAGCAGAAGAUGCAGAGAGCCAGAGAGGUGCUCCAGCUGCUGUCCUGAUCCGCCGCCCGGACCCCCCCAGGGUGGACCCCCAUCAGGGGGGAGACCCCCCCACGGUGGACCCCCCCCCAGGGUGGAGCCCUCACGUCCCUAGGGGGCUCUGUCUGCCAUGUGACUAUCCAUUUUUAUAUUUUGAUGUGGGCACGGUUUCUUGUAACAUAUCAACUCUAUCUGUAUUUCUGACCUAGAUGUCCAUUAUUGAUCACAAAGCCUUUGUUUUUACAGAGAGGUAUGGAUGAAUCUGUUAUCUGUAGGGUCUGCUCCUGUGGGCUACAGGGAGUGACAGACGGACCCGCUGUGGUCCCGUUCAGUCCAAUGUCUUACAGAGGGUCGCCUUCUGGAACAAAUAAACAUCUUGACCUAAAUUGCA